CAGUGGUUCCUGGGAGUGGCGGGGCGGGUCCACCCGGCUGUCAGCUGUGGCCCCAGGCGCCCCGGGGACCCGGGUGGCCGUGGCCAUUAGCGGAGAAGCCAGCGGAGCAGUAGGACGCUUGCAGCGGGCCAGAAGGAAGCACGGUCCUGGGUGCAGCCAUCCCGGCCUGAUCAUGGCAGCGACGCCCCUGAAAGUGUGCAUCGUGGGCUCGGGGAACUGGGGGUCAGCUGUUGCAAAAAUAAUUGGGAAUAAUGUCAAGAACUUGCAGAAGUUUGCCUCCACGGUCAAGAUGUGGGUCUUUGAAGAAACAGUCAAUGGGAGAAAACUGACAGAUAUCAUAAAUAAUGACCAUGAAAAUGUCAAAUAUCUCCCUGGACACAAGCUGCCAGAAAAUGUGGUCGCCGUCCCGAGCCUCAGCGAGGCCGUGCAGGACGCGGACCUGCUGGUUUUCGUCAUCCCCCACCAGUUCAUUCACAAGAUCUGCGAUGAGAUCACCGGCAGGGUGCCCAAGAAGGCCCUGGGCAUCACCCUCAUCAAGGGCAUAGACGAGGGUCCUGAGGGCUUAAAGCUCAUCUCUGACAUCAUCCGAGAGAAGAUGGGAAUUGACAUCAGCGUGCUGAUGGGGGCCAACAUCGCCAGUGAGGUCGCAGCCGAGAAGUUCUGCGAGACCACCAUUGGCAGCAAGGUGAUCCAAAAUGGCCUUCUAUUCAAGGAGCUUUUGCAGACCCCCAACUUCCGAAUCACCGUGGUGGAUGACGCCGACACGGUGGAGCUCUGUGGAGCACUGAAGAAUAUCGUCGCCGUGGGAGCCGGGUUCUGUGACGGCCUCCGCUGCGGGGACAACACCAAGGCCGCCGUCAUCCGCCUGGGCCUCAUGGAAAUGAUCGCUUUUGCCCGGAUCUUCUGCAAGGGCCAGGUGUCCACGGCCACCUUUCUGGAGAGCUGCGGGGUGGCCGACCUCAUCACCACCUGCUACGGAGGGCGGAACCGCCGCGUGGCCGAGGCCUUCGCCAGGACCGGGAAGACUAUUGAAGAGUUGGAGAAGGAGAUGCUGAACGGGCAGAAGCUCCAGGGCCCGCAGACCUCUGCCGAAGUGUACCGCAUCCUCAAACAAAAGGAGCUGGUCCACAAGUUCCCGCUGUUCACUGCCGUGUAUCAGAUCUGCUAUGAAGGCAGGCCGGUCACAGAGAUGCUGUCGUGCCUCCAGAGCCACCCAGAGCACAUCUGAGGGGAUUCGGGGCAGCUCUGCCUCACCCAUCGUGGGAUCUUCUGGAAACCAGGACUUGGCAAUGCGAUGUUUGCGGGAUAGUACUUUUAUCCUGAAUUUAUACGAGUUGCGAGAGGCAGUGCAUUGACUAAGAUGUGUGGAAUAACAAUGAAACACAUGUGAAUAUGUGUGUGUGUGUGUGUGUGUGUGUGUGUGUGUGUGUGUGUGUGUGUGUGAGAGUGUGUGCAUUUCUCAUUCUGUGAAUGUUUCUGGGAACCGAAGUUAGGUGUCCAUUUUAGUGAUCACAUUUGAAAUCUCCCCUGUAAGAAUGGGGCUCUUUCAGCUAAAUUUUAUAAUGAUUCCUAUGGAGAUAAGGAGAGGGAAAGGUUAUUGUUUCCUCAUUCUUUUGAUAAUCAGUUUACCUGGCAUUCAAAUGGUAAAUCUAAUGGAGGAAUGAUAGUGUCCCAAGAUCACUGUAUUUAACCUUUAUUUUUUAAGCCCUGUUUUAAAGCCGAGCAUAAUUAACUACUA